CUCCGGGCCGGCCCAGCACCCGCCGAGUUACGUGCCCGCGCUCCCCGGCGGGGAGGAGCGCAGCCGCGGGGGCGCGCCCCGGUGACUCCGCCCCCCAGCUCCCCUCCCCUGAGCCCGGGAGCCCGGCUCGCGCGGCUAGGUGCGAGGAGACCCGGGACCCCACGCCCGCCCGCCCUGCCCAGCGCCCCCGCCCCGGCGUGCGAGGCGCCGCUCCCUCCUCUGCCCUGCGCGGUGCAUGGAGGGGCCCGUUCAGAUCGCAGCUGCCGCCACCGUAGCCGCCGCCGCGCGCGCGCGCGGGGGGAUGACCUGGGGGUGGCUUUCCGAGCCGGCUGCAGUGCAGGAGGUCUGGAGGCUCAGCCAGCCCCGCGGAGAGUGAACCAAGGCCUGGGUUUUGCUCUGGAAGCCUGUCCUGCCUGCUUCUGUAAUCUGGCGCUAUGCAUCCGGAUCUUGGACCCUUACGUACACUGCUGUAUGUUACUCUUAUAAUUCUGUGCUCUUCUGUGAGUUCAGACUUGGCACCUUAUUUUACUUCUGAGCCACUCUCUGCCGUCCAGAAACUUGGUGGACCUGUAGUACUACAUUGUUCUGCUAAACCUGUGACCACUCGUAUCUCAUGGUUGCAUAAUGGAAAAAAAUUGGAUGGAAACCUGGAACAUAUUAAGAUUCAUCAGGGGACUUUGACAAUUCUUUCUCUCAACUCCUCCCUCUUGGGUUACUACCAGUGCCUUGCCAACAAUAGCAUCGGUGCCAUUGUGAGUGGCCCUGCGACAGUAUCUGCAGCAGUUCUUGGUGAUUUUGGUUCAUCCACAAAGCAUGUUAUUACAGCAGAAGAAAAAAGUGCUGGUUUCAUUGGCUGCAGGGUACCAGAGAGUAACCCCAAAGCUGAGGUGCGCUAUAAAAUCCGAGGAAAAUGGCUGAAACAUUCCACAGAGAAUUACUUAAUCCUUCCAUCAGGAAAUCUUCAGAUUUUGAAUGUAUCCUUAGAGGACAAGGGAUCAUACAAAUGUGCAGCUUAUAAUCCUGUCACACAUCAAUUAAAAGUUGAACCUAUUGGCCGAAAGCUCCUUGUGAGUCGUCCUUCUUCAGAUGAUUUUCACAUUCUUCACCCCACCCAUUCACAGGCAUUAGCUGUUCUUUCUCGUAGCCCCGUAACCUUGGAGUGUGUGGUGAGUGGGGUCCCGGCUCCUCAAGUGUAUUGGCUAAAGGACGGGCAGGACAUUGCACCAGGAAGCAACUGGAGAAGGUUGUAUUCUCAUCUUGCCACAGAUAGCAUUGACCCAGCGGACUCCGGAAACUAUUCCUGCAUGGCGGGAAACAAGUCUGGAGAUGUUAAAUAUGUGACUUACAUGGUUAAUGUACUUGAACAUGCUUCCAUUUCUAAAGGACUACAGGAUCAGAUAACGUCUCUGGGUGCCACAGUACACUUUACCUGUGACGUUCGUGGGAACCCAGCCCCCAACUGUACCUGGUUUCACAAUGCACAGCCUAUUCAUCCUUCCGCACGACAUCUAACUGCAGGAAACGGACUGAAAAUCAGUGGGGUUACCAUGGAAGAUGUUGGGAUGUAUCAGUGUGUAGCAGAUAAUGGGAUUGGAUUUAUGCACUCUACUGGAAGACUUGAAAUUGAAAAUGACAGUGGAUUCAAGCCAGUUAUAAUUACGGCACCAGUAAGUGCAAAGGUGGCAGACGGAGACUUUGUCACUCUGUCCUGCAAUGCCAGUGGGCUGCCGGUUCCGGUCAUUCGUUGGUAUGACAGCCAUGGAUUGAUAACCAGCCAUCCAUCUCAAGUCCUGAGAUCGAAAUCCCGAAAAUCACAGUUAUCAAGACCUGAGGGCUUGAACCUGGAGCCUGUGUACUUCAUCAUGUCCCAAGCUGGUGCAAGCUCUCUCCAUAUUCAGGGUGUGACUCAGGAACAUGCGGGGAAAUACAUCUGCGAAGCUACAAAUGAACAUGGUACCACACAGGCAGAAGCAUCUCUCAUGGUUGUUCCUUUUGAAACAAAUACAAAAGCAGAGACAGCCACACUUCCUGAUGCUGCUCAGAAUGAUGAAAGAAAUAAGAGAGAUGGUUCAGAAACUGGGUUACUGAGCUCAUUUCCAGUGAAGGUCCAUCCCAGUGCAGUAGAAUCAGCACCAGAGAAAAAUGCCAGCGGCAUCUCUGUUCCUGACGCCCCCAUCAUACUGAGCCCCCCACAGACGCACACACCAGACACGUACAACCUGGUAUGGAGGGCAGGCAAGGAUGGUGGGCUGCCCAUCAAUGCUUACUUUGUGAAGUAUCGAAAGCUGGACGAUGGGGUUGGCAUGGUGGGAAGCUGGCACACGGUUCGAGUCCCAGGAAGUGAAAAUGAGCUCCAUUUAGCUGAGCUGGAGCCAUCUAGUCUUUAUGAAGUCUUGAUGGUAGCAAGAAACGCAGCAGGUGAAGGCCAACCUGCCAUGCUUACCUUCCGAACCAGCAAAGAAAAAACAGCAUCAUCAAAAAACACCCAGGCAUCCUCGCCACCCGUGGGCAUCCCUAAGUAUCCUGUUGUUUCAGAGGCUGCAAACAACAAUUUUGGAGUGGUACUUACAGAUUCUUCUAGGCACAGUGGAGUUCCAGAGGCACCAGAUCGGCCUACCGUCUCCACUGCAUCAGAGACGUCAGUCUAUGUCACUUGGAUUCCUCGGGCAAAUGGGGGUUCUCCAAUCACUGCCUUCAAAGUCGAAUAUAAACGGAUGAGGACCAGCAAUUGGCUGGUGGCAGCUGAAGACAUCCCUCCUUCCAAACUUUCAGUGGAAGUUCGUAGUUUAGAACCAGGUUCAACAUACAAAUUUAGGGUUAUUGCCAUCAACCAUUAUGGUGAGAGUUUUCGGAGUUCAGCAUCUCGUCCUUAUCAGGUGGCUGGGUUCCCCAAUCGCUUUUCCAACCGUCCAAUAACUGGACCUCACAUUGCAUACACAGAGGCUGUGAGCGAUACUCAGAUCAUGCUAAAGUGGACGUACAUUCCAUCAAGUAACAAUAACACUCCCAUUCAAGGAUUUUAUAUCUAUUACCGACCAACAGAUAGUGACAAUGACAGUGAUUACAAGAGGGAUGUUGUAGAAGGUUCAAAGCAGUGGCACAUGAUUGGCCACCUGCAGCCAGAAACCUCCUAUGACAUUAAAAUGCAAUGCUUCAAUGAAGGAGGAGAAAGUGAAUUUAGCAAUGUGAUGAUCUGCGAGACUAAAGUGAAACGUGUUCCUGGAGCUUCUGAAUAUCCUGUCAAAGACUUGAGUACCCCUCCAAAUUCUUUGGGAAGUGGAGGAAAUGUGGGGCCUGCAACCAGCCCUGCCAGAAGCAGUGACAUGUUAUAUCUGAUCGUUGGCUGUGUGCUGGGCGUCAUGGUCCUCAUUCUGAUGGUUUUCAUUGCAAUGUGCCUGUGGAAGAAUCGCCAGCAGAAUACCAUACAAAAAUAUGACCCACCAGGAUAUCUCUACCAAGGAUCAGAUAUUAAUGGGCAGAUGGUGGACUACACCACUCUCUCAGGAGCAAGUCAGCUAAAUGGAAAUGUUCAUGGAGGCUUCCUAACCAAUGGCGGUCUCAGCAGUGGCUAUUCCCACCUUCACCAUAAGGUCCCCAAUGGAGUCAAUGGAAUUGUGAAUGGGAGCCUAAAUGGAGGGCUUUACUCCGGGCACACCAACUCUCUAACCAGGACACACGUGGAUUUUGAACAUCCUCAUCAUCUAGUGAAUGGUGGUGGAAUGUACACGGCCGUGCCUCAGAUUGACCCUCUGGAGUGUGUUAACUGCCGAAAUUGUCGAAACAACAAUAGGUGUUUCACCAAAACCAACAGCACUUUCAGCAGCAGCCCUCGUCCUGUGGUCCCUGUGGUAGCACCUUACCCUCAGGAUGGUUUGGAAAUGAAGCCCCUCAGUCACAUGAAGGUGCCUGUAUGCCUGACUUCCGCAGUCCCUGAUUGUGGCCAGUUGCCGGAGGAGAGCGUCAAGGACAAUGUGGAACCAGUCCCUACUCAGCGUACCUGCUGUCAGGACAUUGUAAAUGACGUCAGUUCUGAUGGCGCAGAAGAUCCAGCAGAGUUCAGCAGAGGUCAGGAAGGCGUGAUCAACCUUAGGAUUCCAGACCAUCUUCAGUUAGCUAAGAGCUGUGUAUGGGAAGGAGACAGCUGUGCCCAUUCAGAAACAGAGAACAACAUUGUAAGUUGGAAUGCUCUUAUUUUGCCACCUGUCCCAGAGGGCUGUGCUGAAAAGACAACGUGGUCUCCGCCUGGCAUUCCUUUAGACAGCCCGACAGAGGUCCUUCAGCAGCCCCAGGAAACCUGAGGACGUGCAAACAACCAGUCAUGUUCCAACUUCAAGCCAGUAACUGCCCACAACAGGCCUGGGAGCGAACUGUGUGAAGGACCUUAAUUCAAAUCAGAGAAAAUCAUUAUUUAUUUUUUUGUAGUAGUAAUGUCAUAUGAAUGUAUCUUAAAACGUGUUCCCUUUUAUAUUA